UAUUUUAUUUACGGUCGCAUCGCAUCGCUACAGGAGAGGAAAAGAGGAAAGAAGGGGAGCGAGUUAUGGCGGCGGCGACGGCAUCUCGGUUACUGAGCGCCGGAACCAAGAUCAUCGCCGUCGGGCGCAACUACGCCGCCCACGCCAAGGAACUCGGCAACGCCGUCCCCAAGGUGCCGGUGUUGUUCAUGAAGCCCACCUCGUCUUAUCUCCAAAAUGGAGGCACCAUCGAGGUUCCGCACCCUCUGGAAUCGCUGGAUCAUGAGGUGGAGCUGGCCGUCGUCAUCGGGAAGAAGGCCCGCGAUGUCACGGAGGCUUCCGCCAUGGACUACGUCGGAGGUUAUGCACUUGCUUUGGAUAUGACAGCAAGAGAAAUCCAAUCUGCUGCCAAGUCAGCAGGUCUCCCCUGGACAGUGGCCAAAGGGCAGGAUACCUUCACUCCAAUUAGUGCAGUUCUUCCCAGAUCAAUGGUGGUGGACCCUAACAAUCUUGAGUUAUGGCUCAAGGUAGAUGAUGAAAUUAAGCAGAAAGGGUCGACCAAAGACAUGAUCUUCAAACUUCCGUUUCUUGUAAGCCAUAUCAGUUCAAUUAUGACUCUCGUGGAAGGGGAUGUGAUUUUAACUGGUACUCCUUCAGGCGUCGGCCCAGUGAAGAUCGGCCAAAAGAUCACAGCUGGCAUAACAGGUUUAAUAGACGUCCAUUAUGAUGUUCAAAGACGCCAAAAACCAUUGAGCGUCUAGGAUGCUAAGGUAUGAAAGAGCUAAAACCUGUGAAAAAUGCCUCUGUUCCGGCAAAUUUGAGGACUGGAUCUGUGGAUGCAUCACUUGUGGCAAAGUUGUGUCAAUAAAGGUUUUCGUAAUUGUUGAUCCUCGAGACUUGUAUGACUAGAUUAUUUUGUUUGAAUGAAGCUGAAAGAAAUGGUAAUUGAAUUUUGGAUCUA